ACAUUUGGUCAAUUUUUUUUAUUUACUUAUAUCAUUUCUUUACUCGUUCAGUGAACGUUGAUGUAAGGCAGCUUGUUCUAAAUUAAACCGCCGAAUGUCCAGAUUGACGCGUGUAUUGCGUCAUCCACUUAGCUGAGAAGACUAUGCCAGAACUUGAUCAACAAAAACAACAGUGUUUAGUGGCAAUGGAAACUCUUGAUCGGUCAUCACCAGAACUAUGGCCUGAACCAAUGCCUGGCAUGUCUGGUUUUGCACAACAUAUACGUGCAUCAAGUGCGACAGACAAACAACCAUCAUGGAAACAACCACCAGAUGCUCAUGAUAUGUUACUUUUACAACGAUAUAGUCAAAUGCCAUUGCCUCCUCUCAUAGAUGAAUUAAAGUCUCUUUACGACUUUGCCUAUAAUUUAGGCUUAGAAGAAGCUAAAGAAAUGACACGUGGAAAAUAUUUAAAUAUAUUUACGCGUAAUACAACUAAAUCCAAUGAUUAAUUGUAAUCAUUUUGU